AUGGCAUGAAGGAAGUAAACACUGCAAAUAGACAGCAGCUGUUUCAACCUGGUGGCCUGUCAUCGAGGGUCCUAAAGUCGUCCUCAAGAGCCCCUUGUUUUAGGAGAUGGAAACCCUGAUGGCUACAAAUUAUCCUCGUUGUGUGUGUGUCUCUGUUCGCAUGGUAAGACCAGAUGUGGACUAGGUCAGAAAGUUUGGCAAAGCAUGUGAACUGUGAUAACCUUUAUGAAAGUUAGAACUAUAAAUAGGAAGGUCCACAUGAUUGACUUAUAAGAUUACACACAUGGUGCAGACAUGUCAAAGUGUUUGUGUUGCCAGUUUAUCGCCAGCCCAUUUAUACAUUAGGAUUACGACGCUCAGCUAGCUCCGUGGUGUUUUGAACAUGGAAAACGAGAGUUCUCAGGCCAAAGCUGCCAGAACACUCAAGGAAACAUUUUUCCAGGUCUUACUGAGCAAUGAUUACAGUGCAUUGAAGGAGAUCCUGAGGCAAAAGAAGAUAGAUGUUGAUACGGUUUUUGAAGUGGAAGAUGAAGACAUGAUCCUGGCAUCUUAUAAACAAGGUUACUGGCUACCAAGUUACAAAUUAGGGAACUCCUGGGCAGCCGGCCUGCACUUAGCCGUGAUGCUUGGUGACCUGGAGACCAUUACAAUGCUACUGAAUCAUAGCGCCAGUAUAAACUACCAACCGAAUGGGAAAACGCCUUUACAUGUUGCAUGUGAGGUGAAAAACAGGGACUGUGUUAGCAUUCUGUUGCACCAUGGAGCCAAAGUAAACGCAUUCUCACUGAGUGGACAUACGCCAUUACAUUUAUGUAAAACCAAGGAGUCCAUUGCAUGUGCAAAACUCCUGAUCUGGAAUGGUGCAAAGUUGAAUCUUCAGACUGAGAAUGACUAUAAAGAGACACCGCUGCACAUAGCCGCCCGUUUCGGUGUAUCUGAACUAGUGGCUCUUUAUGUUGACCAUGGAGCCAAUGUUGACAGUGUCAAUAUCUAUAUGGAAACGCCGCUCAUUGCCGCUAUUUACUGGGCACUAGACAUGAAAGAACAGCAAUACAGCACAAACCAUCAUCUGAUUUGUAGAAUGCUAAUAGACUAUGGAGCUUCUGUAAAUGUUCGAGAACGGGAUUUUAAGUCUCCACUUCACAAAGCUGCAUGGAAUUGUGACCAUCUGCUUCUACAGAUGUUGUUAGAAUCAGGUGCUUUUGUUGGUUCAAUGGAUGUUAAUGGUUGUGCCCCACUUCAAUACCUACUGAAGGUGACAUCAGUACGACCUGCAGCAAAGCCAGAGAUUUGUUAUCAACUGUUGCUCAACCAUGGGGCUGCAAGGAUCUACCCUCCCCAAUUUCACAAGGUUCUACAAUCAUGCUGUGCCAGUCCAAAGGCGGUUGAAGUCCUGGUCAAUUCUUACGAAUCAAUUACUUCUACGCGAAAAUGGAGAAGUGUUAUACCUGAUGAUAUUUUAGAGCAACAUUCAGCGUUUUAUAAAUCUCUGUUCGACGUCUGUGGAAGAUCACCCCGCUCUCUGAUGCACUUGGCUCGAUGUACUAUUCGGAGAGUGUUACGAGCAAGGUGUUACAGUGCCGUGCCAAAACUUCUCAUCCCACAUCGACUUAAACAAUAUAUUUUAUUAGAGCCAGAAGGUGUGAUGUACUGAACAUCAGAAUUCCAUUUUAACUUUAAUGUGAGUAUGUUUACACUUACAAAAGUGUUAAUGAACGUUUUAAUCUUCACUUAUUAACAUUAAAAUCCUCCUCAAUUAAAUCAACACAUUGAACACAUCUAAGGGCACUUGUUUUGCGGUUAGCUGUAAAGGAAGCUUGUUUUUCCUGCUGUUAUGCUUUUACAAACUUUCUGUGAGCUUUUGACCAGGAACAUAAUCUAGAAGGCCUUUGAGGUGAUCUUCUGUAACUGUACUGAUACUCUACCCUGCCUAGCGCAGCUGGUCCUUACCCGUAACAACUUUUCAUUUCACUCCUCCCAUUUCCUCCAAAUACAAGGCGUAGCUAUGGGCACACGCAAGGGCCCAAGCUAUAACCGCCUCUUUGUAGGGUACGUCGAACAAUCCUUGUUUGAGGCGUACCGUGGCCCUAUCCUAGAACUCUACCUCCUCAACAUCGACGACUGCAUUGGUGCUACCUCCUGCACCCAUACACAACUCACUGACUUCAUCCAUUUCACCACUAACUUCCAUCCGGCACUCAAAUACACCUGGAACAUUUCCGACAUCUCCCUACCGUUUCUAGGCCUCACAAUGUCCAUCGCAGGUGACAGACCUACUGACCAACAUCUAAUAAAAAACAACUGACUCCCAUGGCUAUCUCGACUACACUUCUUCCCACCCUGCAUCCUGUAAGGACUAAUACAAAACAGAACAGAACAGAUCAGUGUGACCAUAUAUCAAUGAAUAUAUAUAUACACGACCCUUCAUCAGACUCGACCCGAAAUGUCACCCAUACCUUAUCUCCAGAGACGCUGCCUGUCCCAUUGUUACUCCAGGUUUUUGUGUCUAUCUUCAGUUUAAACCAGCAGUUCCUUCCUACACCUUUAAUCCAUUUAAAUUUCCUCAAUCGUUCUUCACUGUUUGUGACAGAGCUUUCAUCAAGAUCUUGUGCAAUGAAAUCCCUUGUGGGUCUUCACUGUAUUCUUUUUCUCAGAGGCCUUUCUUAAACCACAGCUCCCUCUAAGCAUUUUGAACAUCCUUUUCAAUAUCUCUCUCCUUAUCUCAGUGUCAAGCCUUAUCACAGAAGCAGUUUGGCCUAUUUUAUUACAAUGAUAUUAUGCAAAUGCAAUUUGUUGAGGCGGCGGUUGUCUUGUGAUUACAAUGUAAUUAUGUAAUUGUGAUAACUAUAGAAAGGUCUAUCCUCUGGGUACUAUGCAUUUAUUU